CUGCCCACACUAGAGUCCUACGAUAUGGUUGUUGUUGCCUCUUCUCUCCAAGCAGCGGUACCAUAACACUAGCGGUAGUCACUCUACGAUCUCCAACUCCCGAUCUGAGCGGAUCUCGGUGCCCGCAAAUGCCGCAAGGAGCAGUGAGAGUGACGCGGAUCCGAGACAAGGCAAACUCAACUCUCAACCAAAUCGUCUAUCCUGCUGGGUGUGAAAUGUCUGAGGAUAAUCCCACUGCAAACAAGACCACUGUCUCGAGUAAUGGUUAUAUCUGGAGCUAUGAGUAUUAUGACUAUGAGCCAGUUUCCUUUGAAGGACUGAAGGCGCACAGAUAUUCCAUAGUGAUUGGAUUUUGGGUCGGCCUGGCUGUCUUCGUGCUCUUCAUGUUUUUCGUGUUGACGUUACUAACCAAGACGGGAGCCCCACACCAAGACAGGAACCUGGACCUUAUGACAAAGCAACAAAGAAUGAACAGCUUUGCCGUUAAUUAUGUCACAUGCAAAACUGAUAAAGCCUUUUGCCAUCCUGCCAGCGAAGAGUCCAGGUCUCUCUUUCACUUCUAUGAAAAUGAAGUUGGACAUUUAGAAAGACAAUUGAUGAUCAAGGCAUCUGAUCGGGGGAGCUGUGACCUCCUCCCUCAAGAAAGAGGUGGAAGAAGCAACAGCAUGGACGAUGCUAUGGACUGCCUAGGCAGAUUUGAUAUCCCAAACUGUGUGAGCUUGGAUCAAAGCUCCUCCCUGACGGAAGACAAUCCACCGAUGUGUGGGCGCCCAGUUAUUCUUGAAAAUAAGCAUGACAGGCUGCAAGUUGUGCAUCAAAUGUCUGACUAGUUAAUGUAUCGAUGAAACACAACUACAAAAAUUCAUUCAAAAUUUGUAAAUUGUGUAGAAUGAUAGAAAAUAAUGUUUGAUUGUAAUUGCAAAUACUGCUUUGUCACUUUCUUUCACAGUUACUUCCAUGCUCCCCUUUUUUUCUUGAUGGUAAAGACUUCUGUUUAUCUGCUGUCACCCCAUCUUCUAUUUUUAAGUUCAAGCCAGUGUUUAGAAAUUGAAAAGAUAUGUUCGUAAAGAAUCUUCAUACAUCUUUAUGAAGGGUCAAAAACACUUGAACUAAAAUGAAUUACCUUACAGUCAGUGUUAAAGAGUAUACUUAUACAAUAUGCUCUGUACCUCUGUCACACUUAUUUCCAUUGAUCUGUUAACUUCAGUAUGAACUGUGAAUCAUCAACUCUGCCAGCUUGCUAUUUCUAGAAGUGUAAGGUUAGUUCAUUUGGUUCCUUUAUGAAAUAUAAUUUGUUUUUAGUACUUUUUCCCUGGAGGUUAAUUUAUGCUUAAACAGUAUUUAACUUCAUUGAAAUUGCAAAUUAAAGAGCUCUGGAGGCUUUGCUAUUUUAUUACAAUAUUAUAAAUAGAAGCAUUGUUUUCAUAGUGCUAUUUCUCAGUUAUUAUUUACUUAGAGAAUGCAGUUAACCUAGUUACGCAAUGCCACAGCAACAAUAAGAGAGAUAGGUGACACAUGCCUACUUUCAAACAUGAAUAUUGGGCAGUUAAUAAUGAGGUGUGAGAAUACUUAAGACGAUUAAUAGUGGCAAAGCAGUCCCUUUGAAACAGGUUGGCUGCAUAUUAACUGUCACAUCUGGAGUUAGUUUAGAAAUAGCCACAAGUGACACAGUGGUAUAGCAGUCAAUGUCUUGCAGCUCCAGAUAUCCAGGCUUAACUGUCUGUGCAGUUUGCAUAUUUUCCCUGGAACUUUGUGGGUCCCUCUGGUGCUUUGGGUUUAUCUCACAUCGCAGACACAUCUUGAUUGGUAGACCAUACACACAAGAGGCUCUGCAGAUGCUGGGAAUCCAGAGCAACACACACAAAGCAGAGGCAGUGCUGUCUAUGGCCUGCAGGAAGUUGACAUCUGAGUGCGAGGCAACUAGGGAUGUGGUUUGGAGAUGGGUGAUCUUCCAAUCCUUCCUGGAUGUGAGGAAAGAUGAAAAAAGAGCAGUUGAAGGUGUGGAUCUGGUAGAGGAUGAAAUGUUGAAGAGGUCCAUGGAGGUGCAGAGCUAUGGCGAGGAUAGAGACAGGGCUCACAGGGCCUAACCUGCUGAGUUUCUCCAGCAUUUUGUGUUUAUUGCUUUGGUUGGUGGGUUGAUCGCUUACUGUAAAUUUACCCCUAGUGUAGAAGGGUGGCAGAAGAAUAGUCACAGGGGAAUUACUGGAAAGAAAAGAGGAGGGAAAAAGUGGGAUAAGUGUAGAUGGCAGACUGGUGGUCCGCAUGGAGAAGUUACUUCAAUGCUUUAUGACUAUGACUUACAGAAUGGCAGAGAACAGUAGAUUUUCAGAGAAGGUAAUCCUAAUCUUGAAUUUAAAGUAGCUUACAAGCACUUAAUGGAAUGUGACUUGAGACUAAUUCCAACAAACAGCGGUCAUACGUUUUUUGGGAAGUUAAAGCAAGGCAGGAAUUGCUCAGUAAAUGGCAGGGUCUUGGGAAUGUUGUAGAGUAGAGAGACCUGCUUCCCUGACAGUAGCAAUACAAAUAGACAAGGUGGUAAAGAAGUAGUAUGGCAUGCUGUCCUUCAUGAGACAGGGUGUUGAGUAGAAAGGUGGACAUGUUACAGCUAUACCGUAUAUGAUGUUGGUGAAAUUACAUCUGGAAUAUUGUUUGCGGUUGUGGUCACCAUACUAUAGAAAGGUACAGAAAAAAAGACAAAAGCAUGUUACCAGGACUGAUAAGCUUGAUUUAGAAGGAAGCACUGGAUAGGCUGGUACUGCAUUCCUGGAGCAAAGAAGGUUGAGCGGUAUUCAAUAGGUAGAUGGUCAGUCUUUUUCCAAUUUCAGGGAAAUCUAAAAUAAGAGGUCAUUGGUUUGAACUAAGAGGGGCAAGUAUUAAAAGGGAUUCAAGUUCUUUCCACAUAGGGUAAUGGUUAUAUGGAAUAAGUGGCUAGAGGAAGUGGUAAAAUUAAGUACAAUCACAAUGUUUAAUUGAUAUUUCAACAUGAUUACGGAUGGAAAAUGGUUGGAGGGAUGUGGGCCAAAUGCGCACAACUUGCAGUAACUCAGAAAGAACUUGUGAAAGUUAGGCUGACGGUCCCGUUUUAGUGCUGUUUAAUUCUAUCCAAUGUCUUUUUUGUACCAUUGCAGAGUCUGGAGCUUUAAUCCAUAGAGUUCAGUUGAAAUUGUUGAAAAUUCUGGAUUUCAAUUUCUAGUCAACAAUGCUAAAAUGACCUCUGCAUCAUCUGUUUCCCAUAAACAUAUGCUAUAGAUGUUAAAGUUUCUCGAAUAACUGCUUUGUGCAAUUACAUUGAUUAAGCUCAAAAUCAGUCAUGUUACAUAAUUGAAAACAAGGAGCGACUUGAAUUGACUUUAAGUGACAUGUUACAUUGACUAUUAUCUGCCUUAUUCUUUGGGAUUUUCAACAACCAUUCAAUAUUAAAGAAAUACUCAAUAUUCAAUUUAUUGGGAUUCAAAAGAUUCUACACGAUUAGUCAGAGUUCUGAGGUGCUGCUGAGUGGCAAAUUUCUGGAGUGUGCAAUGAAGACAAAUGAGACUGCAGAUGUGGAAAGGGGA